UUGUCUAAUGUCUCCUUGAUCCAUCACGGUCUCCAGAAUAAGUCUCUACAACAUUGUUCUCGGAAUAUUUCAGGGAUGGGAAGGAGAGAUUCAUGUUUUCAAGAAACAACAUAUGUGUCCUUCUUCGUUCUUCUUUCCUUAAUCUUUCAUCAAAAUGUAAUAUGUCAAGACGAGAGAAGCUUGGAUAAUCCCGCUGCUAAUCGUCUCUAUAAUCAAUUCGUCUUCGACAAAGUAUCCAAUCUCACCGAAGUUUUUGAGGAUGAUAUUAAACGAGAACUCGGUUUCUGCAUUACCAAUGUAAAAGAAGAUUAUAACGAAGCUUUUAAUUUCUCUAAAAAGCCAGAUUUCUUAAAUGCCUGUGGUAAAUCCACAAAAGGUGACAUGAUGCAGAGGAUAUGUACGGCUGCAGAAGUGAGGAUAUACUUCAAUGGAUUAUUAGGAGGUCCAAAGAGAGCUACGAAUUACUUGAAACCGAACAAGAACUGCAAUCUAUCUUCAUGGAUGUCUGGAUGUGAACCUGGAUGGGCUUGUCGUACUGCUAAAGAUGUGAAAGUUGACCUUAAAGACGAUAAGAAUGUUCCCGUAAGAACUCAGCAAUGUGCGCCUUGCUGCGCAGGUUUCUUUUGCCCUCGUGGCAUCACCUGCAUGAUCCCUUGUCCUUUGGGAGCUUAUUGUCCAGAGGCUGAGCUGAACAAAACAACAGGAUUAUGCGACCCAUAUCAUUACCAGCUUCCUUCUGGACAGCCAAAUCAUACUUGUGGUGGAGCUGAUAUUUGGGCUGAUAUUGGUAGUAGCAGUGAGGUUUUCUGUUCAGCCGGAUCGUUUUGUCCUUCCACUAUCGACAAGCUUCCUUGUAGCAAAGGACAUUAUUGCAGGACAGGUUCUACUGCAGAACUAAAUUGUUUUAAGCUGGCAACAUGCAAUCCAAGAUCAACAAAUCAAAAUAUCACAGCAUAUGGAAUCAUGCUUUUUGCUGGGUUAGGUUUCUUGCUCAUAAUCUUAUACAACUGUUCUGAUCAAGUGCUUGCGACGAGAGAAAGAAGGCAGGCUAAAUCCAGGGAAAAAGCAGUACAAAGUGUGCGUGAUUCACAGUCACGGGAGAAAUGGAAAUCUGCCAAAGAUAUUGCAAAGAAGCAUGCGACCGAGCUGCAGCAAUCGUUUUCCCGAACAUUUUCGAGGAGAAAAUCUAUGAAACAACCAGAUUUGAUGAGAGGUUUAAGCCAAGCAAAACCUGGAUCAGAUGCUGCCUUACCACCAAUGUCAGGAAGUAGCUCAGACACGAAAAAGGGAAAGAAAAAGGAUAAGAACAAACUAACUGAGAUGUUACAUGACAUUGAACAAAACCCUGAAGAUCCUGGAGGGUUUAAUCUUGAGAUUGGUGAUAAAAACAUCAAAAAACAUGCUCCAAAAGGCAAGGCCUUGCAUACUCAGAGCCAGAUGUUCAGGUACGCUUAUGGCCAGAUUGAAAAGGAAAAAGCAAUGCAGGAGCAGAACAAGAACUUGACUUUCUCUGGAGUCAUCUCCAUGGCUAAUGAUAUCGACAUACGAAAGAGACCUACGAUUGAAGUUGCUUUUAAAGACCUUACGAUUACUCUAAAAGGGAAAAACAAACAUCUCAUGAGAUGUGUGACUGGUAAACUAUCACCUGGACGUGUUUCUGCUGUGAUGGGUCCUUCUGGUGCCGGGAAAACCACUUUCCUAACAGCUUUGACAGGCAAAGCACCAGGAUGCACCAUGAGUGGAAUGAUUCUCGUAAACGGCAAGGUUGAAUCAAUUCAAUCCUACAAGAAAAUCAUAGGUUUUGUGCCUCAGGAUGACAUUGUCCAUGGAAACUUAACAGUGGAGGAGAAUCUCUGGUUCAGUGCAAGAUGCAGGCUGCCUGCAGAUCUCCCAAAGCCGGAAAAGGUUUUAGUUGUAGAAAGAGUCAUUGAGUCACUUGGUCUGCAACAUGUUCGAGACUCUCUUGUUGGGACUGUGGAAAAGAGAGGAAUCUCUGGAGGUCAGAGAAAAAGAGUCAAUGUGGGUCUUGAAAUGGUGAUGGAACCAUCACUUUUGAUAUUAGACGAACCAACUUCAGGCCUUGACAGCUCAUCUUCUCAGUUACUUCUCAGAGCUUUACGCCGUGAAGCUCUUGAAGGAGUAAACAUCUGUAUGGUUGUCCACCAGCCCAGUUAUACUCUGUUUCGGAUGUUUGAUGAUCUAAUACUUCUGGCAAAAGGUGGACUGAUAUGUUACCAAGGAUCAGUGAAAAAUGUUGAAGAAUACUUCUCGAGCCUCGGGAUUGUUGUCCCGGAGCGUGUGAAUCCUCCUGAUUACUACAUUGAUAUAUUAGAAGGCAUAUUAAAGCCAAGUACAAGCUCAGGGGUUACCUAUAAACAGCUUCCAGUUAGAUGGAUGCUUCAUAAUGGGUAUCAAGUUCCUAUGGACAUGCUUAAAAGCAUUGAAGGGAUGGCUUCAUCAGCUUCCGCUGAAAACUCUGCUCACGGAGGAAGCGCUCAUGGGAGCGUCGUAGGAGAUGAUGGAACAUCUUUCGCUGGAGAGUUCUGGCAAGAUGUCAAGGCAAAUGUUGAAAUCAAGAAAGAUACCUUGCAGAAUAACUUCAGUAGUUCAGGUGAUUUAUCCGCAAGAGAAGUUCCUGGUGUGUAUCAGCAAUACAGAUACUUCUUAGGAAGGUUAGGUAAACAAAGACUGCGAGAAGCAAGGACACUAGCUGUAGAUUAUCUCAUACUUUUACUUGCUGGUAUCUGCUUAGGAACACUUGCUAAAGUGAGUGAUGAAACGUUUGGUGCCAUGGGAUAUACAUAUACAGUCAUUGCUGUUUCUCUAUUGUGUAAGAUUACUGCAUUAAGAUCUUUCUCUCUGGAUAAACUACAUUAUUGGAGAGAAAGCCGAGCCGGAAUGAGCAGCCUGGCUUACUUCCUAGCAAAAGACACAGUUGAUCACUUCAACACCAUAGUUAAACCGCUUGUUUAUCUAUCCAUGUUCUACUUCUUCAACAAUCCAAGAUCAACAGUUACAGACAAUUAUGUUGUCCUAAUCUGUCUUGUAUACUGUGUGACUGGCAUAGCUUAUGCCCUGGCCAUACUUUUCGAACCUGGUCCAGCUCAACUAUGGUCAGUGUUACUUCCAGUGGUUCUGACUUUAAUUGCCACCAGUACAAACGACAACAAAAUCGUAGAUUCAAUCUCAGAGUUGUGCUACACGAGAUGGGCUCUUGAAGCAUUUGUGGUAUCAAACGCUCAAAGAUAUAAAGGAGUCUGGCUUAUCACUCGGUGUGGGUCACUGAUGGAGAAUGGAUACAACAUCAAGCACUUCCCUCGUUGCCUCAUCUUCCUGACAUUAACCGGUAUCUUGAGCCGCGGUGCAGCUUUCUUUUGUAUGGUAACUUUCCAAAAGAAAUAGCUUUUAAGUUUCCAAAACCUCUUCCUUCUGUACCUGCAAAUCUCGGGAAACUCGAAAAUACCAAUUUUUUCCCUAUACCUAUACGCAUCAAAUACACUCACAAAGGUUUUACAAGGAAGAACACAUCAUUUGCAGAAGAUAAUAGCCCGUCACACUGUUCAUAGGUAGUUCCAUCAUCAGAGUUUAAGAUUCCUACCUGUAAUUCUUCAUGUUGUAUAU